AAAACCCUACAGAGAUAUUUUAGCAUUGAAAAUAGGAAUUUUCCGUCUUCUAUUUACUCAAAAAAAAAAAACCCUAAGCCUCUCUCUCCCUUCGUCUCCCCCGCCCCCCCAAGGCCACAACAGCAACCUCUGCUAUGGACAACGGCGAUCUCGCUUCCGGUUCAGGAUCCGGUCCAGAUAUGAGGAAGAAACUAAAGUCGGACGAUUCCGUGAACGAUUCUGUGAACGAUUGUGAGGACGAUUCUGUGAGCGAUUGUGAGGACGAUUGUGAAAACGAUUGUGAGGGAGAUUUUGAAGACGAUUGUGAGGAAGAUUUUGAAGACGAUUGUGAGGAAGAUGAGGAGAUGGAGGAAGAUAAUCUUCCUUCGACUGCGGAGAAGGUGAAAGAUAGUCAUAACGCUAUGGCCAAGUGGUUCAUGAGCUCCGGGAUCAAUCCUAACACCAUCAAGACGGCGUCCUUUGCAAAGUUCAUGCGGCUUAUGAAUCCGAAUCUGCCUCUCAGUGCGUCUCUAGUGGAGAAGGAAGUUCUUGAGAUACACGAAGAGUGUAGAGAGAAGGCCAAGAAGUUUCUCAAGGAUUUUCAAGGGAAACUAACCCUCUCUUAUGAAUGGUUGCUUCUUAGGUCCAGUGAGUUCAUCAAAGGCCCUAUCUUGCACGAGGAUUUCGUCUGCAUGACUGCUCAUUUCAUCGACGAUAACUGGAAGGUCAGGAAAUGGAUCCUCGGGUACACCACUGACCAGUCCAUACCUCUUGACGACAUCUAUGUCCACCAUUUCCGAACCGCUGUUCAGGGUUUCGAGAUUGAGAGCAAGGUCUCUACUAUACUACUGCCUUGUCAUGAGGAUUUUGAUGAGAAAACGGUUGAUGCCAUCAGGAAGUGUAUAGAAGAGAAAGGGAAUAGCUCGAUCAUCCCACCGGUUUUUGUAGUACACUGUUGUGCUGAUCUCUUCCGGUUAAUGGCCGAUGAUAUGUAUAGUGCCUUAAGGUGGGGGAUGUAUGAGGAGCUUCGUAUGUUGGUUGGAUGGGGAAGGUGUUUGUCAGAACCCACCUGGAACGUCACGUUGCAUCAUCUGCAACUUGCUGUGGAUAUGAAAAACGAGGAUGCCUUCUCAAAGGAUGAGAUUUACGAUGAUUAUGACAAACCGUCCGAUGAAGAAUGGAUACAGAUUCAGACUUUCUGCAAACUCGGUGGCUGUAUCUAUAAAGUGGCGAAGGAGCUUUUUGAAGAAGGGUAUACGACAUCUAAUGUCUACUUCCACCUCCUUGCAGAGCUGAAGGUGAUGCUGAACCAAGAGCUCGUUGGUGCUGAUAGUGAUUACUUCCUCCGGAAAGCUAGGACGAUGUUGAAGAUGUUUGAUAAGUAUUGGAAUGAUAUGUUUCUGGUUUUGGCGAUUGCUUCUGUGUUGGACCCUCGGUUCAAGAUGAAGUACAUUGAGUUUUACUGCUCAAAGAAGAUUGAUAAUGACGAAGGAGGUUCGAAAGCUGAAACUGUUUUGGAUUAUUUACGCAAUCUGUAUGCUCGCUAUGCAGCUAGCGAGAUCUGUCAGAAGCCAAUAUGUCCGGUUGCUACAAUUGACUCCGAGGAAGAAGAAGAGGAUGACGAUGAAGAAGAAGAAGAUUAUUAUGGAGAAGGAGAAGAAGGAGAAAGAGAAGCACAAAAAGCCAAGGAAGAGGAGAAGAAGAAGCCUGAUGCAUACGAGGGUUUUGUUUUGUUUCAAGAAUUUCUCAAGUUUGAAGGAUCUGCAAGAGUUCUUGAAGAAUCAGAACUUGAUUCGUAUCUCAAGGAACCAGUUCUGGAGUGGAGCAAAGACUUCAUAGCACUGGAAUGGUGGAAAGAAGAGAGCCAAAAGUAUCCAAUCCUCUCCCGAGUAGCCCGUGACAUUCUCUCCAUACCGAUCUCACGUGCCACGUCGUACGAAGCUUAUGUCACGGACAAAAGAGAGCCUCCUGAGUUUGUUCUUUCCAUGGAACCCAAAGUUGCUAACGCCAUGAUGUGCGGCAAAAGCUGGUUACGACUUUGAUGAUAAUGGCAAAACUGCUUUGUAUUUGGAAAGAUCUCGUAAUCAGAUGUGUGCGUCAGUUUAUUAGAAGAGCAAAAGCGAUGCUUCUGAGUCAAAACAUGGUCGCUGAAUCUCCUGAGAUCAGUGUUAUCGACGUCAGGUCUCAUCUCUCCGUCGGGAAAGAUCCCAAUAACUUUCAGAUUGCAGAAAUUCGAAUUCGUGAAUCCGUUUGUGUUGAGAUUCCGGCUCCUGAAGAAACGCCUUUGUUAGGAUCGGUCAAGAGUUGUUCUGCAACUGCAACUACCAUUGAAGAGCAUGAUACUGAGUUUGUCCCAAUAAUAAGUUCUGGGAGUUAUGCGGAUAAGGGUGACUACAGGGAGUACAUGGAAGAUGAACACAUAUGCAUAGACGACCUCUCAGCUCAUCUUGGGUCUUCCUUCUUCAGAUUUCCUGUGCCCAUAGCUUUCUACGGUGUGUUUGAUGGGCAUGGUGGGUCUGAGGCAUCACAGUACAUAAAGGACAAUGCAACAAGUUUGUUCUUUGAAGAUGCUGUUUUUCGAGAAUCGCCCUCCGUUGUGAACACUUUCUUCUUGAAAGAGCUGGAGAAGUCUCUCAGGGAAGCUUAUAGGUUAGCUGAUCUCGCCAUGGAAGAUGAAAGUAUCGUCAGCGGUUCGUGCGGAACAACCUCCUUGACCGCUCUUGUAAUCGGACGGCACUUAAUGGUAGCUAACGCUGGCGAUUGUCGUGCGGUGCUCUGCAGGAAAGGAAAAGCCGUUGAUAUGUCUUGUGAUCACAAAUCUACGUUUGAGACGGAACGUAGACGGGUAGAGGAUUUAGGAGGGUACUUUGAAGGGGAAUAUCUCUACGGUGACCUCGCCGUUACAAGGGCUCUUGGAGACUGGUCGAUAAAGAGGUUUUCACCGCUCGGAGGUUCUUUGUCUCCUCUGAUCUCAGACCCGGACAUUCAACAGAUGGUUCUGACCGAGGAAGACGAGUUCUUGAUCAUGGGAUGUGACGGUGUUUGGGACGUGAUGACAAGCCAGUAUGCUGUUACGUUGGCAAGGCAAGGGCUAAGGAGACACGGUGACCCGAGAAGAUGCGCGAUGGAACUUGGAAGGGAAGCGUUAAGGCUUGACUCAUCGGAUAAUGUUACAGUGGUGGUCGUCUGCUUCACACCAUCGUCUCCAGCUCCUCAAAGGAGAAGAAUACAGUUUUGUGUUUCUGACGAAGCCCGAGCUCGGUUACAGGCGAUGCUCGAAGGCUAAUCGAUGAAGGUUUUUGCUUGGUCUUGAAGGGAGACAAAUGUAUAUAAUAUUGAAGCAGAGAUGGGGUUUUUGAGAUAACCCACGUUUAAGGGAAAGAUCAUUUGAUGACCAUUUACAUCUCUGAUAUUGGAUGGAAUAAAGGGAGGCAAAAGGAGAAGAUGAAGGGACUUGUUAUUGUUGUUAAAUGUUCAUAAGUGUUGUAGCCAUUUUUGAUCUUAUUGUUUGGCUAUUACUCCGGUAGGAUUAUUGAGCACUUGUGUACAAAAACUGAUUUAAGAUUAGAGAAUUCACUUUUGUAUCUUCACUUGGUUCAAACAAAUCUCUCAUUUCUUUUUAUCUUUAUGAAGUGGGUGGUCAUAUACAUCAUUCCUUUUGAAUUAGCAUGAUUUUUUACAUACUUGAA